AGGUGCUGCACGAAAUAAACGCAUCAACGUUAAAAGUUCAGUAAUAAAUCAAUGUUCUAAAGUUUUAUCAAAGCUCGAUCCUAACCCUAAGCUACAAGUGUUUCUAGUUUUGCGCAUUUCUUUCAUCUAUUUCGAUUUCUGAAAGUCUCGUCUCCGUUCGUCUUACUCUAUCUUCCCCGAUAUAUUAAUUGGAAAACAUCGCUUUUACCUGCUAUCGGACAUCACAACAAAAGUCAAAGGCUCAACGCCGGUAAUAUUCUACCAAUCAUCGCUAUUUCUUACUUCGUGUCUUAUACACCUAACUAGUCGCUGCAAAAUUGCUUGACCGCCUUUCCUGUUUACCGCUUGUGACGGCUUACUGUCACGACAAAUGAUUUUGUUGGUACCACCUUACCGUCCGAUGUUGUUUUGUGCGAUCUUUUUCGCAGCUGUCAGUGAAGCCUGGGGCACGCCGUCCAGCGUGGAGUUUUUUCUACCCGGCCUGCAGCGAGAUACCCGUGUUUACAAAGCAGAGGCGCAGCUCUCGUCCGCUCCGACUGGGUCCGCAACCGCCCAGAGCUACGCAAUCCCGGAAGGCGUGCCCGAGCUCGUGGUGCAUCUCUUCACCGAUGCGAGCGUUCGCGAUAAGCGAAAUGUGCUGAAAGUAGGCACCG